AUGCCAAGUGUUUUUAUGGAGAUUCAGCCCGACUGUGGAGGUAUGGACGAGAGCAUAGGCAGUGGCACCAAGUGCGUGGAAAAGCAGAAGACGAAACGGUCCUUAUUAAAAGAUUGGAAGACACAAUUGAGUUACUUCUUGCAAAAUUCUUCCACUCCUGGGAAGCCCAAAACCAGCAAGAAAAGCAAACAACAAACUUUCAGCAAGCCUUCCCCAGAGGAAGCACUGCUGUGGUCAGAAGGAUUAGAGGAGCUGCUGGCCAGCAAAUAUGGUGUGGCUGCUUUUAGAGCCUUUUUAAAAUCUCAAUUCUGUGAAGAAAAUAUAGACUUCUGGCUGGCUUGUGAAGAAUUCAAAAAAAUUAAAUCACCCCAGAAGCUGUCCUCAAAAACAAAGAAAAUAUAUAUAGAAUUCAUAGAAAAAGAUGCCCCAAAAGAGGUAAACAUAGACUUCCAAACCAAAAUUCUUAUUGUCCAAAAUAUACAAAAUGCUACAACUGGCUGUUUUAUGUCUGCACAGAAAAGGGUUUACAGCUUGAUGGAGAAUAACUCCUAUCCCCAUUUCUUGGCAUCAGAAUUCUACCAGGACUUGUGUAAAAAACCACAAAUCACCACAGAGCACCAUGCUAUAUGA